AUGCUCGUCGACAACCCGCUACAAUCAGGCUUUAGCCUCAAUUCAGCCUUCGAAGACUUCUUCAACAUGGAUCUUCUCGCAGGCCCCUCGAACGCCGCAGGCUCGAGCUCUAGUGGCUCGUCGCCGCGUUCAGACGGUUCCCCCUCCGAGUCUUUCACCGGCCUCCCCCCGACCCCCCCGAACCCCUACGUGCCCGACGUCGCCCUCAACUCCCAUCCGUACCUCGAUUUUCCCCUUGACGAUGACUUCUCCAAGCUCGACCUCCCCAUGCCCCUCGCAGCGCCCGGCUUCGACUUCAUGAGCGCCUUCUCCAGCGCUGCGGCGCAGAUGGCAAGCCCAGGCGACUCGGGCUCCGGUGCGUCGUCCUCGACGUCCGGCACGUCGCCAACAAGCAUCGACCCGCAGCUGGUUACCUCUCCCACGGGCCCCAAGCCCGCGAGCGAGUUCGGUGAAUCCGUCGAGGAGGACGAGGACGAGGAGGGAGAUAAUGAAGACUCCAUGAGUGCCAUGGACGAUGCCCUGGACGAGGAGCUGUCGCUCGCGCCCAUGAAAGUCGGUGGCCGAGGCAAGUCGAACCGGAAGGGCACCGUACAGUCAGGUGGCGUCGUUAAGCGCGCCGGGAGCGAGAAGAAGGAAAACAAGCCGGCGAACAUGCUCGCAACAACGUCCAACGACCCCGAGGACUGGCGACCGACGCCUGAGGAGUACAAGAAGAUGAGCAGCAAGGAGAAGCGCCAGCUGAGGAACAAGAUCAGCGCUAGGAAUUUCCGUGUGAGGAGGAAGGAGUACAUCACUACCCUUGAGGGCGACAUCGCGGAACGCGAUCGUCUCAUCGACGCCAUCCGCACCGAGCUCGGUAGCAUGCGGUCAGAGAACGGCGCUCUCCGCCAGGAGAUCGAUGCGCUCAAGAAAGCCCUACUUGAUGGUCGCGGCAGCGUCGACACUCCCGUACUUCCGCCUCCUGCUCCCAUCCCUACCGUCUCCCCUCUCCUUUCCUCCGGCCCCUCUUCCAACACGUCAAGCGCGCCUGUUCCGCCCAAGAGCCCGCUCGUUACACCCAACACCCAGAAGGAUCUCCCGACGUCGCCCAGGCUUGGCGCGCGGGGUUUCUGGGGUGGUGCGUCGAGCCCUUUCGGCGCUGGCGGCUUCACUCCCGUGCACACCACUCUUGUGCCUGAGUGGGGCAGCGUGCUGUCGGGCAAGCCUAUCGGCAGGCGCAGCCCGACCCUCCAGGAGAACAUCAACCCGGUGCUCAACGCUGCACCCUGGCCUGGCGCUGACAAGGCUCAGCAACAGCGGCAACAGCAGCAGCAACAACAGCAACAGCUCGGCGCUCUCGAGUCGUUCAUUGAGAUGCACCCAUUCACAAUGAAGACCCUCGAUCCGUACCGCAUGCAGUUGUGGCGCAACAUGGCUUCCCAACAGCAAACUGGCCGUUCACAAGCCCAACAGCAGUCGCACGCAAGCCCGAGCCCAAGCCCGCUCUCGAGCCCCAACGCAUCGCCCUCCGGACUCGCCGGCGGCCUCCGCCCGCACUACUUCGCCAAGUCCGGCCCGCUCUCAGCUAUCCUCUCCGGCAAGGCCGCGGUCAACGCAUACCCGACCCCGCCGAACUCCCCGCCGCUCGCGCCGUCCCUCGCACAGAACCUCCAGCCGUCGCAGCCCGCGGGCGGCAAGGGGCAGCAGUCGCAAACACCAACAGCCCAGCAGGCGAUGCUUGCGUCGAUGGCGUCCCAGACGCUCAUGGGCAAGCUCGGCUCCGCGUUCUGGGACGCGUUCUCCGCGAAGCCCGCUGCGAUUCCGGUGUCCGGCACUGGCUCUGCGUCGCGCGCGGCCGCGCGGACGCUCGACGCGGACAAGAUGCGCCGCGUCAUGGAGGGCAGCGCCGUCCUCAAGGUCGUCGACGUCGAGCCGCAGGAGAAGACCUCGCCCCGCAUGGCGGCGCCCCAGCCGGCGUUGGCGCGCACGAUGUCGGCGUCGGCGGUGCCGUCGGCUUCGUCGAUGAACGAGAAGAAGUGCCAGCUGACGGACGUGCUCGCAGAGUCGAUGGCGAGCCUCAGCCUUGGGAAGAAGUAA